UGUCACAUGAAUGAUAACAAGUGCGACAUUGACACCAGGGAAGGGCUCGACACAAACGGUCUUCAUGAACUUUACCAAUUAGUAACUUAUUGCUUCAAUAUCAAUCAGACCUCUCCUAGACACUGUAUAAGUAGCUUAAAAGCGUUCGGUGAAUUGAGAUGCACAAUUUUUGAUAGCAUCGUUGGAGUUCUGAUAACUUCCGGAAUUGUCCAAUACCUCUGGAGCUCAGGUACGAUGCGAAUAGGCAAUCCCUGUGACAGUAUCGAUUGUGUGGCUCUGUUCCUAGAGAUCGAAACCAGGAGAGAUAAAUGCAUCCACCGUCACAAACGCUACGCUGAUCCCCGGGAAAGCGAAACCGAAGGACCGGAAUAUCUUCAUACCUUCAUACCUUUCAGAAUGGCGGGUCCCGGGAGGUCCUGGAAGGCCCCGGAGUCAAACCACGGACCACGGAUGGACAGUUCGAGCGUGAAAAAGGCACAUCACACAUUUUCCGCUGACAUUAGCAAAUUAAUGACCGGUUCGGUUUUGACUGCUGCCAGCUUCGCAGCACGUACGGACCUUUGUGCGAAGGCUCGCCGGGACGACACGAACCCCCAAAACCGCAACGCAACGGGGUAGGACACAUCGAGAGAGAAAGAGAGAGAAGGGGGAAAGGGUAGAAGCAUUCGCCUGUCGGCUGCCGAAUCGGGUUUGCUUAUGAUGUGCAUGUGACGUCUCUGUAAAGGUUUCAUCAUUUUUGCCGAGUUUGCAGAAACAUCGUGGUUUGCGUACCGUGGUUCCAGUGCCAGGACAUCUCAGUUUUCUGACGAUGGCUUUCGCUUUCGCAAGUGACGGCAGACGUGGUUGAGAAAGCGAGAAAGUUUUGCCACACUAAAACCGGGGAACCAGUCCAUCCGGCCGGGUCCAUCGACGGGUUCAUAUUCCAAGCCCUGGUAUCGAUUCGACGAAACGAAGUCCCCGGGGGAAGAGGAGGAGAAGGCGAAGGCUUUGGAAUUCUCAUUUCAUAUGCGGCAGUGCUAUUUGAUACGAGCCGAGUUUGGCAUUAUUAAAUUUUCCAUUUGCACCCCCCCGUGACGCACCGGCUAGCUGACAUUUCGGCACAACCACGGGUGUCGUCGAUGGCUCCGGUGCACCGGUACACCGUUUAUGCAAAUUACGUAUAAACGCGCAUUUUGAGCGUGCAUUCUCUCGGUGUGCAUUGCAUUACGCGGUGGGAAACACAUUUUCAAUAAACACGCGGGUUGCUGAGGAAUAAAUGUACGAUUUUCUGCUGGGAAUAAGGAUUCCGGAAAUCGGUGUCGCAUGUGCGUGUGUGGAUGUGCGACUUACCAAUCCAAUUAGCGACACUGACACGCGUUUCCAGUUUACUAGGAUGCAAGAUUUUUCUCAACACACAUAGACCUAACUACCGAUACAGGUCGACGGAUUUUUGCAGAGCUUAUCAAAAAGAGGCUUCCAAUAAAAAUAAAUCGCUUGCAGUGGAUUGCACAUAAAAACAGAAACCAACAAACAAGAUGGAUGUUUGGGGCUGUUUCACCAGACCACCGCAUGCAGGCAAGACCUUAAUCUAGAUCGAUCUCGUGCGUGGAAGAUGUUCGCUCGAGAGUCCGUGGACGUGUAUCAGAUAAGAAGCGAUUUUACAGCCAUGAGCCCCGAGCCACUCGAGACGCUUUAUAGCCUGCGGCAAACGGCAUGGACAGGAUGUUUUUUGUCCGGCGAGAGCCUUUAUUUGUCAACACCAAAAUGGUACUUCGGGCUAGUUGAACAGUUCCGUCCGAUGGUGCAACGCUUGGUGCUGGUAGCUUAUCUGGAUUGAUGUAGUGCAGCAAAUUCCGCGUGUGUGUGUGUGUGAGUCUGCCUCGUACUUGCUGAGUGUACUUUAUAACCAUCCCAAAACAUCAAUUCGGCUACAAUCCGGUGGACAAGUUUCGUGUACUCCAGCAUCAAAUUGGCCCCCGACUUUUCUUCGCUUCGUGCUUUACAAUGGUUUUCGGGGUUUUAGUAUCGCUCGAAGGCAGCAUCACAUGCCUUUCGUAGAUGAGCUUUCUGGUUCGAUGCGGCUGCCCCAAUGCAGUGCCAGAAAGUCGAAAUCGUUUUACAUGUGAUGCUGGCGGGUUUUUUUUGCUGAACCUAAGCUCGCGUUCGAUCGUGUACUUCCAAAUUGGAACGCCGGAAGGACUGCUAGGUAGGCCAAAAUUUGCUACAGUAAGCGGAUGCUUAAGGAGCUGGAAGAAUUCCCCAUCCCGAUGGCCGUUUGUGCGGUUCUGGUCAAGCGUAAAAGAAAACACACCGAAGAACGGUGUUCCUGGAGAUGCAUACGUAAUGGCGGAAGGAUAUGUGCUGGGUAGAAGAGGAACCGAAAAAUGUUUGGAGCUAAGGCACGCGCACGGAAAUGCUUCGGCAAUCGCUCCGGUUCGUCUCUCCUUGGUCGUCGUGGACAUCCUUAAGGCAUCCCCGAGUUUGAAGAUAUUUUUAGCGAUGCACCGCGAGUACCGGCGACUGCAGCGUGCGACGUAACGAUGUCCUCUCGAUGGCGUACAAUCGGCAUAGUGAUGACGCUGUUCCAGGCCAGUACACUCACUCGCAACUCGUUUGCCGCCGCCGAAUCCUGAUCUGAUCGCAACCUUUCCCAGCGUGACCAAGCGCUGGCAUGGCAUUUGUUUUGCCCAUUCCCAUCACGUUCGUCACACGUGAAGAACUGGAGCGAAUGCACACAAAAAAACACACGGACUCGCUUAUGGAAAUAGGGAUGUCUAUAGCGAAUCUCUCCUUUCUCUCGGGACAAAAUCAUCCCAACACACACACACCCCGAUCGAUCGAUGUGGUGGGCAGGCAGGCAAUUGAAUCCCCGUUUGCAGAAGGCAAAUUUGCGUCCACACAGCAUUGACAUUCGAGAAUGGGCGGUCGCCCAACGGCCGCUGUGACACUGAACCCCGUGGAAGCAAUGUCAGAAGGACGUGCGGACAGAAGUUUGCUGAACAAUUUUUCUCAAUGUACACCCCCCCCGGUCGAGGACGUGAUUUGUUGUCCCGGUUCGUUUCAAAUGCAUGAUGUCAGCAGUGUGGUGUCAUUUGUAUCAAUUUUUCUCAGCCGUUCUUCCCUCUACGCGAGAAUCGGAACCGCACGUCGGUAGUACGCGAUCGAAGCUUUAUUCCUGCCGGAAAAUCAUUUAUUCAAGAUCACAUCUUAGUAGGCGGCCUUAAGUUCCACAAGCGUACUGGAAGCUCUGGUUGCUGGGUGGAGAGCUUUUUUUUGAUUGGAAGAAACAGGAGAUGUUCUAUUCUGUGCCUCGAGACUUGUGAGGAUAAGACUUAGCGUGCAUGCUUAAUUAAUUUAAAUGAAUUAAUUUAAUCCCAUGCUAAUGAUAAUGGAAGCUACAGCAAGCUUUUCACCUUCCGGGCCGCCUAUUCUGGAAGCUUUCGUUUGCACUUAAUGUCUCGUCCAAUCGCGCGUUUAAGACGCUAAAGAACAAGAUACUUAGGAUAAGGGGCAUCGUUUCUUUAACUUUGUAGCUUGCGUGCGAUGUAACAUCACUCAAGGUAAAGUAGAAACCCAUGUCGGACACGUUUCCGAAACGCACAGCGACAAGCAUGGGUGACGAUAGGAGUACGCUUUCUCCAGGCACAAUUGGACACGGAAGCCUGGAUUGGCGGCUUAUCUUUUUCCUACCAUCAACACAUCCCGACCGUAAAACCCCGAACGUUAUUUAUCGUUUCAAUUUGCUGGUUAAUGGCUUGGUUAAGGAGUUACCGCUGCUACUUCCCUUCGGGAUGUCACCGUCAGUUUCUUCGCGUAGAAUCUCGUCCGGUUGGUUCGUAAAAUUUUAAUUAGCAUCCGAUCAUAAAGUACCACCCUCUGUGGGAGUAGAGGAAAUGCGUGCCAUUCCAGGGGUUGCACCGUUGUUGCAAUAAAUUUCAUCCACUUACGGCAGGGA